UAUGACUCAGAAAUUUUUUAUUAUUAUUAUAAAUAGGAGACUGUAUUUGUCAUCCAACAUUCUAUCCUUCUUUCUAUAUUUAUUAUUCAACAUGGCUACCUUAUUCUUUGACAACCCUUAUGCUUCACCAGAACAGAUCAAAUUAAAUGAUUUUGAGCCAAAACCAUCCUCCCAUGCAGACUUUGAUGAUUUCUUUGUUGCACUUGAUGCACUUGAUGCACCUAUAGCAAAAUAUGCUAAAAGUGCAGAUAACUGGCAAUUCGUUGUGAAUCAAAUGCGACAACAAAUGUUCAAUUCUUCAAAAACGAAUUAUGGAUCACCCGAGACAUUUUUUCUUCAAAAAGCACGACAAAGUGAUCCAUUGUAUGCCAACUCAAUGGCCCAUACCAUGCGUGCUAGUUCAUUUUGUACGUUGAAUACGGCUGGCAGUGACAGAGAUGCAGAUCCAUUGGCUUAUCGCCGCUUUCGAUCAGAACAUUUGUUGAUGCGUAUGCUUCAUUGCAGAGAUAGUGAUUGGAGUCAAGUCUCUUUAAUGCGAUUAUCUAAAGGGAUCUUUGUACACCAGAAAUGGCAGUCUAGCAAACCUCAAUCUUCCCCCACAUUGUCUGCGAUUGAAGACACACUUUAUCAAUUCAAUGAUUCAACAGAAGCGCCGAUUGAUACAUUUCAAUUUGACAAUGCUUUUCAUAUGAUGAACAGUCUCACAAGUUCUUGCUAUGACAUGUUUGUUCCUUACAGUUACACAUUUGGUGCUCGCUACACAAAUCCUUAUGGCAAUGCACACGACUUGGUUAUUCGAGGUAAAUUGCCUCUUUGGUGUCAAACACUGUUUCUCUCCACUUGCCUGAAACAAGCGACACCUGUUCAGCCCCAUGUUGCUCUGUUUGGCCUGUUUCCUUUUGCUCCUCAAGUAGCAGUGACAUUCAAACCUUUGACUGAAGAAUAUGAGCAUGCUAUCUCACCUGAAUUGACAUUGUUAUAUGAACGCUUUACGCUGGAACACUAUGAUCCUUUGAUUGAUAUCGAUCAAGAUGAAUAUGAGUGUUUAUGGGCUCAGAAAAAGAAGGACAUCCUACAGAAUAUUCUUGUUUGUGACAUUCCUGAUGACCUGGCCAAAUUUUUGAAUAAUAUGGCUGCUUUAUGGGCAGCAAAUCAAGGUCUUAUGAUUUAAAUUACCUUUUUUUUUGUACAUAGUCUAGACAUACACUCAUGCAUAUAUGUAUAUAUAUUUACGCCAUUUUAUCUUGAAGGAAAACUUGGGCA